AUGUUUCUGCAUUUUCUUACUGCGUCCGUCCCCAGGGUCGUCGUGGCAGCGGUCGCGCUGCUGACGCUGACGCUUUGCUGGAUACUGCUGCCACCUCGGUACCCGCGGGGCAUUCCGUCCGUCCCGUUCUGGGUGACAUUACUUCCGCUGUUCCUGGACGUAGACCAGGAAGAUACCUACCGCAAGUAUAUCGAAAAGCCCCUGCUUAAGCACGGAGUGAUCAAAAUUUUCUUCGGCGGACAAUGGAACCUCAUGGUGCAGAGGUCGAGCUACGUGGCGGAAGUUUUCAAAAAUGAAGAGGUCUACCAGAAGAGCGGAAACCAAAAGAAGAUACCCCACAGCGUUCUCGCAGAGCUUCUGGGAGAUAAUAUUAUUUCAGCACGAGAUGACACCUGGCGACUCUACCGAACUAUCAUCAAGCCGGGGCUCCAGGGGGUCUUUGAGACCGACCCCAUAGCGGACAACGCCGAAAAGCUCUGUGAGCUGCUAGCAGAUGCACAGAAAGCCAAAGGAAGCCAAGGAGUAACGGUACAAGAAUACGUCCAAUGCUAUACAACGGCAAACCUGUCUAAGACGGUGCUUCAAACUGAGAUCAAGUCCCUGACGCAAAAAGACGAACCUCUUACGAAGUUGCAGCUAGAAGUCAAGAAGGAGAUCUUCAAGCCCAUUUUCAUGAACUUUCCAGUUCUAGAUCGACUAGGCGUGUUCAUCCCAAGCCGCUUGCGUGCGCGGGAGUUAGUACAAAGGUUCUCCGACGAGCUGGAGUCGCGGGUCCUCCAGAGCCACAGAAGGAUGCAUGGCGCGCCCGUGUCGGAAAAUGUUGCCACGCGGUUGAUUGCAGCUAGAGACAGUGGGACGUUGACGCAGCAGCAAUUUCGGGACAAUCUGAACGUGACGUUCGUUGCGGGCCAGGAAAACCCACAGCUCCUUUUGAUUUCGAUACUGUACCUCUUGGGGAAAUAUCCAGCGGUCCAGAGCCGGCUGAGGGAUGAAGUCGAGGGCUGCGGAGCUGACCGACCCUCACACGCUAUUUUGCGAGAGUUACCGUAUCUCACGUCGGUGAUUUACGAAAGUCUGCGACUGUUUCCCCCGAUUUCACAGCUGAUCAACCGGUGCGUCGCGCAGCCAGUGUCUCUUGGGAACGAGCACUUCAUCCCGCCGGGGACGUAUGUGGGCUACAACUGCUAUGCCACCAAUCGCGACCCUCAGACGUGGGGGAAGAGCGCCGACGAGUUCCGGCCGGAGCGGUGGGGGGCGACGAACAAAGAGAUCUCGACGCGAUACCGGCAUUCACGAGCGCGGGCGGAGUUUAUUUCGUUCCACGGCGGCAGCCGGGCGUGUUUGGGGGAAAACUUUGCGCUGCUGGAGAUGCGCAUUUCGCUGUUCAUGCUGGUGAAGCGGUUCAGCUGGAGGCUCGACCCCAGCUGGCGGGAUCGGAAGACCCCUGUAAGUGGCUGCCCCGUCUAA